AAUAUCCCGUCUACCCCGACCGACGCGCCUUGCCGCAUUCUCACGAUGUAUCCCGGUCCCAAGCCUCCCACGCCUCACGUCCCGGGCAUUUACCGCUAUACAGCGACUGCUCUGGGUGCUGGCAUGUGGUUCUUUCUGAUGUAUCGCGCGAAGAAGGAUGGUCCCGUUUUGCUGGGCUGGAAGCAUCCCUGGGAUCACUGA